AGAAAUGAUUUCCCCACCGGUUAAUUUGAGACAAGAAGUCUGCCCUCGUUAUCGUUUGAGAUUAUACUGAGCUUCUUACGGACCCACUGUUUUCCUCCAAUUGCAUAGCAGGUAUGAUUUGCGAGUAUUAAAUCAGAUGUAAGAAAAAUAUUUUUAUGAUGAAGUUGCGGCCACAUAGAUCACAUGUGGACCAACCAACCCUUUCCCCCAUUCCUGUUUGUCGUAAGCCCAAACCCGCACGCUCCAAAUACCCUGCCUUUCUCUCCGUGCGGGUCGCGGAUCCUCUCUCUCUCUCUCUCCGGUCUUUGCACACUGUAUUUGGUCGCUUCCUCCGCCCUCGAACGCCAGAAAACAUCAAUUGGAGCUGCGAAUUCGAUCUCGCCUUCCUUCGCUUUGCAUCCGCGGCGCCCGGAUUCGAGCCCGGCCGUCGAAACCCUAGCGCGCCCCCCCUCCGCCCCACACUUUGGGCGCCGGAGCGGAGGGCGAUGGCGGCGGAACUGGGGCAGCAGACGGUGGAGUUCUCCGCCCUUGUGCGACGAGCCGCGGAGGAUUCCUACCUCGCCCUCAAAGAGCUGGUGGAGCGGUCCCGGGCGCCGGAGGACCAGCGAUCCGACUCCGAGAAGAAGAUAGACCUCCUCAAGUUCAUCGCCAAGACUCGGCAGCGGAUGCUCCGCCUCCAUGUGCUCGCCAAGUGGUGCCGACAGGUACCAUUGAUUCAGUAUUGCCAACAACUUGCAGCAACACUUUCCAGCCAUGAUACUUGUUUUACCCAAACAGCAGAUUCAUUAUUUUACAUGCAUGAAGGACUGCAGCAUGCACGUGCUCCUAUAUUUGAUGUUCCAUCUGCUAUUGAAAUACUCCUCUCAGGAGGAUAUAAACGGCUGCCAAAAUGUAUAGAAGAUUUGGUUAUUCAGAGUACACUGCCUGAGGAUGAACAAAAGCCCACUUUAAAGAAGUUGGAUACAAUCCUCCGAUCCAAACUGUUGGAGGUUGUACUUCCUAAAGAAAUUAGUGAGGUAACUAUUUCUGAUGGUAUUGCUGUUCUUCGUGUGGAUGGGGAGUUUAAGGUUUUCCUUACCUUGGGUUACCGUGGUCAUCUGUCAUUGUGGAGGAUACUUCACAUAGAGUUGCUUGUUGGGGAGAAGAGUGGAACUAUUAAACUUGAAGAGACACGAAGAUAUGCUCUUGGGGAUGAUCUCGAGCGCCGAAUGGCUGCAACCGAAAAUCCUUUUUUAAUUUUAUACACAGUUCUCCAUGAACUGUGUGUUGCCCUUGUUAUGGACACUGUACUAAGGCAAGUUCAGGUACUACGUCAAUGUAGGUGGAAGGAUGCAAUACGCUUUGAGCUUAUCUCUGAUGGCACUGCAGCACAAGGAGCAAAUACUAGUGCUUUGCAACUGGCCCAAGACGGUGAACUCGAUUCAACUGGCCUAAAAACUCCUGGUUUGAAAAUCAUUUAUUGGUUAGAUGCUGACAAAAAUGCCGGGGGAUCUGAUUUUAGUUCACGUCCAUUUCUCAAACUUGAACCAGGGAAAGAUACACAGAUUAAGUGUCUACAUAAUUCCUUUGUAUUAGACCCACUUACUGGCAAGGAAGCUAUUUUUUCACUCGAUCAAAGUUGCAUUGAUCUUGAGAAACUCCUGCUAAAAGCUAUUGCAUGCAAUAUACACACCCGUCUGUUUGAAAUCCAGAGGGAGUUGAGUAAAAGUGUUAACAUUUGUCGAGGUACAGGUGAUGUUGUACUGAAGAAUGAUGGAAGUAUGGUAGCAGAUCUAAGAAAGGUUAGUAAUGAAUAAAUUUAUUCUUCAUUUGUCAUA